AAAAAUAAUCUGACCCCGUGUCCAAGCGCAAACAACGAGCUAGUUAGUUUCUAAAGUAGUGUAAUGAUGGUUUUGUCCAAGCCGACCGCCGGGCUUUCACGACGGCACACAAAAACAACUGGGCUUAACCCAUUUGGGAUUCUGCCCAAACCAUAUGUAGGACCUUUCACCUGUCCCCCAUGCCCUGUUGUCUCUGUAACAAAACCAAAUUUAUUUGUUAAUUGGAUCUUUCUGACAAAAGAAGCAAGCAAUGGAAACUGAAGCGGAUGUAUUAGAAGAGCUACUCAAUAUAGAGACAGAGAUUGAAGAUGUUCAAGACCAGAUAAAGUUAUUACUAGAAAGACAAGAGAAGUUGCACGAGAGACAAUCUGAAUUGAAGUUUUUGUUGGAAGCAUAUAAAGCAUCUGGAACUGGGAAUUCUGCAAAUGAAAAUGCUUCUCGAUCUUCUUCUUUGGAAGACUGGUCAGGUUCAUUUGAGUGGGAUUCUCAAGCUGAUGAUGUUAGGCUUAAUAUUUUUGGCAUUCCCUCUUAUCGUCAAAAUCAAAAGGAGAUCAUAAAUGCUAUCAUGAGCGGAAGAGAUGUUCUAGUGAUUAUGGCUGCAGGUGGUGGUAAGAGCCUUUGUUACCAGCUGCCAGCUAUUCUUCGUGAUGGUGUGGCCCUCGUUAUUAGUCCUUUACUCUCUUUGAUCCAAGAUCAGGUUAUGGGUUUGACUGCUUUAGGCAUUCCGGCUUUCAUGUUGACAUCGACCACUAGCAAGGAAAAUGAGAAGUUCAUAUACAAGGCCCUUGAAAAGGGUGAGGGUGAGCUUAAGAUCUUGUAUGUCACACCAGAAAAGAUAUCAAAGAGCAAAAGAUUCAUGUCAAAACUUGAAAAAUGCCAUAAUGCGGGGCGUCUCUCACUAAUUUCAAUUGAUGAGGCGCAUUGCUGCAGUCAGUGGGGUCAUGACUUUCGCCCCGACUACAAGAGCCUCAGUAUCCUCAAGACUCAGUUUUCCAAUGUUCCCGUGGUGGCUUUGACUGCAACUGCCACACAGAAAGUUCAGUAUGAUGUAAUGGAGAUGCUGCGCAUUCCAAAAUGUGUUAAAUUUGUCAGUACGGUCAAUAGGCCAAACCUUUUCUACACGGUACGGAGCAAGUCAUCUGUUGGUAAGGUGGUUGUUGAUGAAAUUGCUGAAUUCAUUCAAGAAUCUUAUUCAAACAGUGAAUCUGGGAUAGUGUACUGCUUCUCGAGAAAAGAAUGUGAACAGGUUGCGGCAGAGUUACGUGAGAGAGGAAUUGCAGCUGAUUAUUACCAUGCAGAUAUGGAUGUAAACGCUCGUGAGAAAGUUCAUACGUGGUGGAGCAAAAACAAGCUGCAAGUCAUUGUUGGUACAGUGGCAUUUGGAAUGGGAAUCAACAAACCAGAUGUUAGGUUUGUCAUCCAUCACAGCCUGAGUAAAUCAAUGGAAACAUAUUACCAGGAAAGUGGUCGAGCUGGACGAGAUGGGCUGCCUUCUGAAUGUGUACUCUUUUAUAGGCCUGCUGAUGUUCCCAGGCAGAGUUCGAUGGUUUUCUAUGAGAAUUCUGGAUUGCAGAAUUUAUAUGACAUAGUAAGAUACUGUCAGUCUAAAAGACAAUGUCGUCGAAAUGCCUUUUUCCAACAUUUUGCUGAGCCAUUAAAAGACUGCAAUGGGAUGUGUGAUAAUUGUGCUUUUCUUAGUGAAGUUAUGGAAGUUGAUGUAUCUCGUCAUGCGAAAGUUAUGGUUUCAUUGCUUCAAGAUACGCAAGAGAAAGAUCAGAGGCUGACAAUGUUGCAAUUAGUGGACAAAAUGAAAAAUAAGAAGGAACUAGGUUCUGACAUAAAGAAGGAGGAAAUGGAACAGCUUGUCAUACAGCUUAUACUUGACUUUGUUUUUAAAGAAGAAUAUCAACAUACAGCCUAUGCUACAAAUGCUUAUGUGACAAUAGGUCCAUUGGCAAAUCAGGUGCUGCAAGGCAAGAAGAUAGUUAAGCUUGAGAUCUCUAGCAAACAGAAGAAUAAGGGUGACAGCAUGAAAUCAGCAAAGCACAGCCUUGCAUUUUCAGGUUUGGAGUUGAAACUUGAUGAGUUGCGGGAGAAACUCUCUUCAGGUCAUGGUGGAAUAUUCCCCCAUUCUGUCUUGUCUAGCCAGCAGAUGAGCAUGAUAAGUUCCCAGAAACCAAGUUCAGCACAAGAGUUGGAGAAGAUAAUUGGAAAGCUGAAGACAGAAAAGUAUGGGAGUAAAAUUCUAGAUGAGAUCAAGAAGUACACCGGCUCUGAGCCGCCUGAUAAUGGCAUGUUGAAUGAGGAAGAAGGAAGCGGGAAUAGAGCUAGCAAGAGGUUAAAGACGAGAAAGGGUAUUGUUGUUAUCGAGAGCAGUGAUGAGGAAUUAUAAAGAUUCGUCUGAUGCUUCUUAAAGUACUCCUUACUUUCACCAUGAGCCCUUCAGAAAGACCACCUUAACCAUGAUGCAGACUUGGUUGUGUUCAUGGUUUGUUUCAAUAUUUUGUUUGGUCGAUGAAGUAGCCUAGGGAUUCUUCUCUACCCUUAUGGUGAUGCUUAGUGGUCAGGGAAAAAGAGAUGGGGUUGCACAAAAUUUCUUAUUCAUACAUAAUUUUGAAUCUGUCCAAAUUUUUAGGAGAACUAGAUAUUUUGGUUACACUUCUCUCUAGCAGUCCCAACACUUUGAUUUAGUUAGUGGUAAGGAACGGCUAAUUACAAGUGUGUGAUCACCACAGGGAUGGUGAUUUUAUUUAGAUACUGAUGGAGAAGUAAAAGUAUCCAGUAAAAGCUAGGGCAGGUGCUGUAUCUAUUGUAAUUUUUUUUCUUGAAGAUCUGGAGUUCCAAGAUAUCCAUUGCAUUUUUGUAAUUUGUUUCGUGACAAGUCAUCAUUCGUCCCAUUAUUUUGGAUACACAGAUGGAACAUGUAGGCUUCCUUUAUUUGUC